CCAUUAUUGAAUCCACCUACUAAUGGACUAGAGCUUUAAAGGGAAGAGAAGACUUACUUUUUUAAUGACGAGUCAAACAACCAGAAAUUCUCUUUACUCAAUUAUUAAAUUUAAAAAGAAAAAAAAUGUAAGCAUAGUGCGAGCGAGAUGAUUUGCAGGUCGACGGUUUUGUUUGACUUCCCCCUUCUCCGUCUUUUCGCUUCUCGGAGUUGCGUAUUCCUCUUUCUGUCCGCUGAAUUAAAAUGACCCUCCACCUUAUCGCCGCCUUCGUCGUCACUCUAGCCUUAUUCGCCGUUGAUUCGGCCGCUUCGUCGCCGGCCAAUCGCCAUUACAAUGCCGGGGAUGACGUUCCCCUGUUCGUUAACAAAGUCGGGCCCUUUCGCAAUCCUAGCGAGACGUAUGAAUUCUAUGAGCUGCCAUUCUGCCGUCCAGGUUAGCCCUUUUAGAUCGUGUCAUUCAAACGAAGCAAACCCUAGGUGAAGUGCUGAAUGGUGAUCGUUUAGCAAAUGCCCUCUACGAUUUGAAGUUUCUGGAGGUCAAAUCCAGGGCGACCCUAUGCCUGAAGAAGCUUACACAGGGUGAUAUCAGGAGAUUCCGAGAGGUGAUUCUCAAUGACUAUUAUUUCCAGAUGUACUAUGAUGAUCUCCCAUUGUGGGGUUUUAUUGGGAAAACUGAAGAGCAGAGUUGGGUUCUUGAAGAUGGUAACAAGUUGAAGUUUUACCUGUUCAAACAUGUCAAUUUUGAUGUGCUCUACAAUGGGGAUCAAGUGAUAGAGAUCAAUGCUCUUGGUGAUCCGAACGAUGCUGUGGACAUAACAGAUGAUGCUGCUGAACUUGAUGUCGACUUCACUUAUUCGGUCUCCUGGUAUGAAACUUCAACAGUGUACCAGAACCGGAUGGCUAGAUAUACAAGGGCUUCGCUGCUCUCUGUGCACAAGAAGAUUCAUUGGUUCUCGUUUGUCAACUCGGCUGUUAUCCUUCUGCUCUUGAUGGGAUUGCUUAUAGCAUUCUUCUUUAGGCGUCUUAGGAAUGAUCUGAGAAUGUCAUCUAGCGGAGAUGACGAAGGAGAAGAUAAGGAGGUUGGAUGGAAGUAUGUUCAUGGUGAUGUUUUUAGACAUCCACAAAACAUGUCAUUGUUUUGUGCCUUCUUGGCCACAGGAGCUCAACUGUUAACCAUGGCAUUCCUUCUAUUUGUGUUGGCCUUUGUUGGUACACUCUAUCCUUACAACCGAGGAGCAUUAUGCACUGCUUGUGUCAUGGUGUAUGCUCUUACAUCCGUUGUUGGAGGUUACAUUUCUGCUUCAUUUCAUAGUCAAUUCGAAGCAACAGGAUGGGGGAAAACUGUAUUCCUUACUGGAAUUCUCUACCUGGGUCCAUUCUUCAUCACAAUGUCCAUUCUGAACACAGUUGCUGUCUCCUAUGGCGCCACAGCUGGACUUCCAUUUGGCACCAUCAUGGUGGUUCUCCUCAUAUGCGUGUUCUUAGCCUUUCCAUUGCUCAUAUUGAGCGGGAUCAUCGGAUACACGUUCAGGUCCGAAUUCCAGCCGCCUUCAGCUCCAAAAAGACACCCUAGAGAGAUUCCAAAAUUGGGAUGGUACAGGAAAACACUUCCUCAAAUGCUACUUGCUGGACUUCUACCUUCCAGUGCAGUUGCUCUAGAGUUGCACAGUCUCUACACCACCUUUUGGGGAUACAAAAUUACAACUCUACCCGCGAUCUUGUUCGUCUCAUUCGUCAUCCUGUGCUUGCUCACAGCAAUCUUGAGCAUUGGGAUGACUUACAUUCAGCUCUCCGUCGAGGACCACCAAUGGUGGUGGAGAACGGUGUUGCGAGGGGGGUCGCCAGCAAUAUUCAUGUUUCUUUAUUCCGUAUACUUCUUUUCCAGGUCGAGUAUGAGCGGUAUUUUGCAGACAUCCUUCUUUUUCGGCUACACUGCCUGCUUGUGCUAUGGGAUUUUCUUGAUACUUGGUGCAGUAAGUUUUUGUGCUUCCUUUGUGUUUGUUUGCCGGAUUUACCGUGCUGUUAAAAACGAGUGAAAGCAUAUGUAGUUGUUUUUUUUGGUUAGAAAGGACUGUCGAAAGCUCUGUUGUUGUAACAUCGAUGGAGAUUUGUUACUGUAACAUGCAUCAUUUACUCUUCUCUCCCAUGGAGCUUGGGAAGGGGAGACUUCGUUGGUUGCAAAAGUCUUUUGUAAGCUGGUCGUAUGUGGUUACCCUUCAAAUCAAACUGAAAUAUGGGUUUUGAAGGUUGGUUGGAAGUAUACUAA